GUGGUUGUGUGUCAGUUUCGCUGGGACCCGCGGUCGAUGCCGGCGAUGAGGGGGGAUGGGCGCCUCGGCGAAUGUAAGGACCCGAGACAGAAUCAGAGCCCUGUAUCACAUACAGCAGCAUAUACCCCAUUAUAAAUAGCGACUUUAAAUAUAAAAAACACUAACAUAAAUGGAUUUAAUCACCGGGGAUCUAUAAUAGACACUCAAUGGAUGCAGUACACCCGAACAGGACAGGGAAUUUAACUUUCCGUCUAUGCGUGGGAGACGCUGAGAAGUUUGUUUUCUACCCCUGGAGAGGGAGCUACUUUUGAGGGCAAAGGAUACAGGAGACGCCGAGGUCGGACUAAAGGCCUACUUGGAUUUGAUGUUGGGAUACUAUAAGGACUUCACACUGUACAUUAACUUACCUCGCUUGUACAAGUUUGGAAUGCCGCUUUAGGUCCCCCCAUGACCGUCAGCCGUGGGCUACGGCUCCGCGGCGCCCCACCUCUAGAGUGGUCUGCUGCUGUACUUGGGACCCUGUGAUUCCUCUUCUCACCUCUCCUCCUCCCCUUCCCCCAUCCCAUCCUGUCCCUCCCCGCCCCCACCCCCUCCUUCCCCCUCUUACCCCCUCCCUCGCGUCGCUGUGCUGGACGUCAUGAGCAUAGUAAUCGCGCUGGGAGUCACCACACCUGAAACGUCUUACUCAGAUAUGGCUGCUGGAUCAGACCCUGAGUCAGUUGAAGCAAGCCCUGCCGUGAAUGAGAAAAACUACAACAACCACAGCUGUGGGAGCGCACAGAGUCAUGGGUAUCGGGGACUACCAUAUGCUGAUCACAACUAUGGCGCGCCCCCUCCCCCACCCACCGCCUCCCCGCUCUCCCAAACCAUCAUUCCCCGCAUGGAUCUCAACGGCGUGGUACGCGGCUCACGCUACCACGACACUACUGAGGACAACUCAGUCGACAGCGACAGUUCCUCAGACGAGGACGGGGCUGUGGCCAGCUGGUGUCACUGCAGCCUGACGCCGGACGGCCUGCUCAUCAAAUGUGACAACUGCAGCGGUCUGGAUAGGAGGAAAGGAGGAGAAGGCCAACACAGAAAAACAGAAAAUGUCUCAGCUGGAGAGAGCAGUGCCACUGAGAGUGGUGACGAGGAGGUAUCCCCCUCCACCAUCUCCUACACGGCCACCCAGCAUACGCCCACCAGCAUCAAACUGACUGUCAACAGGGUGAAGAGGAGCAAAUCCAAAAAGAGGAAGAAGAGCACGGAGAAGGCCCGUGGAACGCCAAAGGGCAAGAAAGUCAAGGCUUUCAGAGAGGGUUCAAGGAAGUCCAUGAGGAUGAAGAACUCGACAACCGAAGCCAGUGUUUUAGACGAGAACACGGCAGAGGGGUGGGAGACGAAGAUCCGCCAGUGGACGGACCAGUAUGAGGAGGCUCUGGCAAACCAGUACAGUGCCGAUGUCCAGACACUUCUCCAGCUUCAUCGUACUGCCAGCAACACCGUUUCAAAGACUGAGAGCGGUGCCACACCACCUCCCUCCAACACACAGAUCCACGCCUCUGUGGACACCAUGGACACCAUUAACCUCACGGAGCUGGCCUGUAAUAACACAGUGCUGGGCUCACAGAUGCAGCUCCAGUUGGGGCGGGUAACACGGGUGCAGAAACACCGGAAGAUCCUCCGAGCCGCCAAAACGCUGGAGCCAGACACGCUCAUCAUCGAGUAUCGGGGGAAAGUCAUGCUCAAGCAGCAGUUUGAAGUCAACGGGCACUUCUUCAAAAAACCCUACCCAUUUGUGCUGUUUUACUCAAAGUUUAAUGAUGUUGAGAUGUGUGUUGAUGCGAGGACGUUUGGAAACGAUGCUCGCUUCAUCAGGAGGUCGUGUACACCCAAUGCUGAGGUCCGGCAUAUGAUUGCUGAGGGCAUGAUCCAUCUAUGUAUCUAUGCUGUGAGUCAAAUUACAAAGGACGCCGAGGUCACCAUUGGAUUUGACUACGAGUUCAAUAGCUGUAAUUACAAAGUGGACUGUGCCUGCCACAAGGGCAACCAGAACUGCCCGGUGCAAAAGCACAACCUGAAGCCAAGGGAGAGCUUGCUGAGUCCGCCCUCCCUGCCGCCUCCCUCCUCUCUGGUCGGCGCUGAAACCCGACGGAGAAAAGCCCGGAGGAGAGAGCUGGAAGGCAGCACUUCUGGGGACAGCAACCAGACCCCGGACCAGAUCCAGGAGGCCAAAGACAGCAUCGGGACCAGUGAUGCAGAGGAGAGACUGCUGGACGAGGUGAAGGGGGAAGAUGGAGAGGAAGGAGAGAUAGAUGAAAACGGGGUCGCAAUCUCCAAUAAAAAAACAUGUAGCCUGGAGAGACGGCGGAGGAGAGUGGGAGGAGCAGACGCAAAGGAGGAGGGUGUGGAAACUGAGGACGGGGCAGGAAACCCCGCAGGGAACACCGCCACACCCAGCAACGCCGGAGUAGGGAUCAGCACGCGACGCGCCACCUACGUAAUGGACCCACCAUCCAAUGAAGAAAAGACUUCAUUAAACAACCUGACCGCCCCAGCUGCUCCCCCUAAACCUGCACGACCAACCAAGCCCCGGCCCAAAAGUCGCAUCUCCCGCUACCGGUCCAGCUCGUCCCAGCGUGCCCGGCGGCAGCGUCAAGCCCUCGCACAGCAGGCCGCCGCAAUGGCAGCCACACCGUCGUCGGGUGAUCAGGGUGCUGCUCUGGAUGAAGAGGGAUCUCAGGGCCCAUACGGUGCUGAACAAGAAAACAGUUUAGGUCAUCUCCUUGAUGGAGAUGGUCAGGGUCUGAACUGUAUUAAUAGAGGCAAUUUGCGCUACCCCAAGACAAAGAAGUACCUGGUGACCGAAUGGUUGAAUGACAAGAUACCUGCAGGGGACAAGAUCCACCAAGAGAUGCCCGUUGAGCGCACGCUGCGGAUAACCACCGACCCCACAGUGCUGGCCACCACCCUCAACAUGCUGCCAGGCCUCUCCCACUCAUCGCUCAUCUGCACCACACCCAGACACUACGUUCGCUUCGGCUCCCCCUUCAACCCUGAGAGAAGCCGGCCGCGCCCGCUCCAAAUGGACGGCACUUAUGGCUGCUUUAAAAAGAGAUGGUUGAAACAGCUGGAGGAUGAGAGCUGCUCAGCGAGUGUGGAGGACGGCACAGAGUCAACCUCCUCCCAGCAAAGCACCAGUAGCAGAUCCACCCCCAACCCCCUCUCCACUGAGGUUAACGCACCUUUCAAGAAGCGCCGUUCCAAGUAUAUAUCAGAGAUGACACCAGCACCGCUGGACCACCUGCUUCGCCCGCUGUCACCCAUCACACCGCCGCUCCCAGACGACUCCCUCCACCGGCUGCUCCAAACCCCCUGUGGCUCCCUGCUGCCAAACGGCCUGGUCUACUCACCCAUGCCCUCCCUGCCCGCCAGCCGCUGCAACACACCGCUGCAAUUUGAGAACAUAUCAUCCCCUGAGGCGUCUCCAGUCCAUCGACCAGAGUCCAUCUCUCCUGAGCCGUGUCUGCAGACGGACUUUGAUGUCCCUCGGCCCCAGUUCCCCGACCUGUCCCUCCCCUGCAGCCUGGAGAGUCCCGUGGCUGUGACCUUAGACGAUUUUUCCCUUCCCGGCGCCCCCUCAGGCCACGAUUCGUCUUCUCUAGGGGCCAGUUCCCUAAACCCAGUGUCCUGCCCCUCAUCGGACCUCAACCCUCAAAACAGGGAGCAGGCCUUCAGGACAGAGUUCAACCUCAUAUACACCUGCUCGCCCCUCAACGCAAACCUGGGAAACCCUGUUGCCACAGACCGCCGCCUCUCACAGUCGGAGGGAGGCUUUUCCCCGGCGGAGUCCUUCCACAGCUCUAUAAGUGGCCAGGGGCUUAUGGGAGACGUGGGCCCUGGCUCCAUGUCACCCUACGGCGAGCCUCAUUACGGGGGAGGCUACCCGGAUAGUGGCACGCCUCCUCACACCAGCAACCCGCCACAAAAGAAGAAGAGGGCCAACCAGCAUACCAUUAGUCUGCUGACAGGGAAGCCAGAUUACCAGGCUAUAGCUGUAAGAAGUGAAUACAAGCCAGUACAAAAUAUGGUGUCUUUGCUGGAGUACCGUAAGAGGAAGCAGGGCAGCGGGCGCGACCUGGAGCCAAUCGGAAACAGCUCGUCUAGGGGCGGCACCCCCACCCGGCCCAGCUCCCACUACAGCCAGGACUCCCAUCAUCCCCAUCCUCAUCCUCAUCCUCAUCCACAUACCCAUCCUCAUCAGCAGAUGCAGAUGCAGCCCCUGGCCUCCCCACAGAGCUCCUCCUUCAGCUCCGCAGCACACACACCCUCCAUCCCACAGGUAGAGGAGGUCAGCCCUCCUGACCACCAGGGCUCGUCAGGGCAGCCCAGACGCCAGGACAACAACCAGUGGAUGGUUCCCACGACUGUUGAACGUCUCAGGGAAGGUCAGGGGGUUCUGGAGCGAGUGCUACGAAGCAUCAAGAUGGAGCGUAAUUACAAGAGGGGUGACGGCUCUACAGAGAAGGAGUCUGAUGCAGAUCGAUACGACAUGCCGGCGGCGUCCAUGGCCUCUCCCAUGAAGAGUCCUCAUAGAUACAGUCCCUCUGUGUACCAGUCAUCAGAAAGCCACCGUCAGACCGACAGCCCGUCAUUCCUCCAGCAAACCUCCAACUCUCCAUUCCGGGGUUCCUGCAGUCCCUCAUCGGGCCAGAGCUUCCAUCCGCGCCUCUCCUCGUCUCACCCAGGAAUGUCCCAGGACCAUCACCCUCCUCCCUCCUACCCCAGUCACCCCACAACCUCCUCCUCCUCAGACUCCAGGCCACCAGGGGGCUCCCUUCACCAGCACAGCGGCAGCAGCAGUAGCGUGGACGGGAGCCACGGCUACAGCAACAGCCACUUAAAAGCAAGCCUUUUGAACAGCGGCGGCCUGGUGGGGUCUCCCAGCCCGGGACCCAGGGCUCAUGGGCAGACUAAACUAGACUCAGGCGCCCAGGCCUCCAGAGGGAGUCAGCCGCAGGGGUCACGUAGCCUGAAGUCCGGCAGCCCUGGACAGACAACGCUGCAGGCCGGCUCCAGGCUGCUGUCGGCCUCUGGACAGACACACUAUCCACAGAGAGGGACGAGCCUCAGCCAGUUCCAGCACUCCCCCCUCCAGGGACCCGGAGUAAGGACACAGUCAGGAAGCUUUUAG